UCCCAUUCUUGGUGAGACGUAUUCCUUUCUCUCCUAGUGAGAAGUUUCUUUACCAUUUUGUUUCCAUGACAUCACUGCCAAACCUGCAUCUAAGUGACGAAGAGGAAGAACUCGAAAUUCCAAUCGAGGUUAUUCCUGAUGAUACUACAGAUACUAGUGCCAGCCUUGUGGGGAGAUUCCUUACUGACAAACCAAUUAGAGGGCAUAUGAUGACAUCCAAAAUAGCUGAGUUUUGGCAUCCAGGAAGAGGGGUCAACAUUAAGGAAGUUGAACCAAACCUCUUCACAUUCAAAUUCUUUCACUAUCGGGAUAUGCACACCAUCCUCAAAAAAGGUCCAUGGUAUUUUGACAACAACCUGCUAAUUCUUAACACUCUCCCAGAUGAUGCACCUGCACAAAGUGUGCCACUGCAAUCUGUCCCUUUUUGGGUCCGAAUUCACGAUAUUCCAGUGGGGUUUAUGACAGAAAGAGUGGGAAAAGACCUGGGAAAUUUCAUCGGGGAAUUUUUGGAGUAUGAUGUCAAGAACGGUGCUAAUCAUCUCAGAUCCUAUAUGCGCAUUCGUGUGUUGCUUGAUGUUAACAAACCUCUCAAAAGGCAGAAGAAUAUCAAGCGUCCAGGGGGUAACAUACAAACUGUCAAAUUCAAAUAUGAACGCUUAGGAAACUUUUGUUACUACUGUGGAGCUCUUGGUCACAUUGAAGACUACUGUGAUAAACUCUAUUCUAUUGAUUCAGACGAUGGAGCAAGAUUCUGGGGUCCCGAAUUACGUGUCGACAGACAGAAGAAUGAAGGCAGAGGUUCUCGUUGGCUCCGGGAGGAAGGCCAGGAGUGGUCACCGCCAUCAAACUCAGCACCAAAGGCUGCCGGAGACGUUUCAGUUGGUCCAGCAAACGGUAACGGUCGUGCAUUAACUGUUGUUACCUCACCUGCUAAAACGGUCGCUUUGGCUGACCUACUGAGGAAUCCUAAUUUAAUUCGCCCAUCAGGAAGCAAUAAACAGCAGGAAUCUCAUUUAUCUCCCCAUAAUGAGACAUUAUUGGAAGAGGACAAUGCAACAAUUAUUCACAGUAACACAAAACGGUCCCGUGCAGACUUGAAUGGAGGAUCUUUGUCUGCUGACUCAUCUAAUGCGCGCCCCACAUCACUCAGCAUCCCUUCAACACCUGCGCAUAAUAAUUCUCAGUCAACACCAAUGGAGGUUGUGAACACUAAAUCAUCCUCAACUAGUGUGCCUUUUUUAUCGGCAGCGCCUGGCUCCCAGGCCUGCCGGGAGUCAUGA